UGUCCCUCACUGGUUGUUUGUAACUACUCUACACAAACAGGUUUGUUCACAUUCCCAAGGAAAAGGACAGAGUAUAUACUGACAUAUAUAUAUAUUCCAACCUUGUAAUGUGACACACAAAAGAACAAAACACAGACUGCAGUGUGAGGAGCACAACGUUGGAAAUAUCUCAUUAUAUGAACUACAAGUCAGCAAGUCCUUAAUAGAAAAGAACAAUGGCAUUCAGGGACUUUCUACUUCUUCUAGUUACUUCUUCUCCCAUUUGGUUGGCCACCACAGUCUACUCUGCUCCAGCUUGUGGUUCUCCCAUAGUCUCAAGUAGAAUAGUGGGAGGUACAGCUGCUACAAAUGGAGCGUGGCCCUGGCAGGUCAGUCUGCGCUACAAAACGUCACAUAUAUGUGGGGGUUCAGUGAUCUCCAAUCAGUGGAUUAUGACAGCUGCUCAUUGCUUCCAAAACUCCUUGUUUGCAUCCCAGUAUCAAGUUCGGCUGGGGGCAUACCAGUUAUCUCUUUCCAAUCCUAACGAGAUCAUAUCCAAUGUGGAGACUAUCAUUGUGAAUUCAGAGUACAACAAGGACAGUAACUUUGCAGACAUCGCUCUAGUGAAGCUAACAAGCCCCAUUUCCUAUAGCAAAUACAUCCUACCUGUCUGCAUACCUUCAUCUACAGACAGCUUCCCUGAAGGCAUGGAAUGCUGGGUAACUGGAUGGGGCACAAUCGGCUCUUCAGUGAACCUUCCGUAUCCUCAAACUCUCCAGCAGGUGAUGACCCCUCUAAUUAGCAGGGACAAAUGUGAGCAAAUAUACCAUAGCAGUACCGGGAUCAGUUCCAGUGUUACCAUAGUUCCAACAGACCAGAUCUGUGCUGGGUAUGCUGCUGGGCAGAAGGACUCUUGCCAGGGAGACUCCGGGGGACCCCUUGUCUGUAAAUUACAGGGUGUCUGGUAUCAAGUUGGCAUUGUGAGUUGGGGAGAAGGAUGUGCCCUUCCAAACUAUCCUGGAGUUUAUACCCUGGUAGCUGCUUACCAGUCAUGGCUCUCACCAUAUAAUGCAACAACUGAUGUUUUAACCAAAGCAGAUACUACCGCCAGCACAGUUAGUGCAGUCACAACAGCUUAUGUGGCUUCCACGGAUGAUAUGAGCACCAUGAUUAAUGUAGCCACAAUCAAUAUUCAAGCUAAUAAAGUGACAGCAGUCAACACAGAUACUAUAUUUAAAUCCUCCUCGUCAACUCAAAGUAUUCCAGUGCUGUUACUUGGCUCCUGUGUACUUCUGUGUUGGUGGUUUAUAAAUGACCAUUGACCAUUGACUGUAUAUAUUUUAUAUUCUUAUAUUUAUAUAAGGAUAGGUAUUUAUAUUAUGUUGUGCUUCCUUGUGUGCCUCUUUCUUGUCUAUGGUCACAGUCAGCAUGAUGCUGAAAUAUAUGGAGUAAGAUAUAAGCUUGGGGCAAAGCAGCCACAAGAAAGGAACAACAUAAACUGAAGCUCUGUGUAGGGGAGACUUGGUAUAAUGAGGAGGUUGAAGUGAAUCAAGCAGACCAAUAAAUAUAUUAAGGACUGAUGAAGACACUGUGAUAAGAAUAAACCUAUAGAGCUGAACUGAACCACAUGUUGUUCAAAUGCUGAAACCUAGAUAAAAGCUGUGAAAAGUAUCAGCAUAUGGCAUUAACCUUAUGCAAAUGUUCUCAAACUGCAGGGCUAGAUCCCUGAACGGGCCCAUUGAAUGGAUGUUCAGACUGAACACCAAUUCUGAUUACAUUUGAGGGUGAACUAUCAUGUUUGUAUCUUGUAUAAGCCAAGAUGUCUGGCAGUAGAUUGGAUAUCAGCAAACUUGGAUUGGUCUUGUUUUGAUGAUCAUGUUGAGCUAAAAAUGGCUGGUGUCAACCCAAACAGUCUAAAAAACCUUCAGGGAUAAUGUUCCCAAUUAAUACACAAAAGUCAUGAAUACCCAGUAAACUAUAUUCUUUUAAAGAGCUGUUAGUGAUGUCAUCGGUUAUAAACGGAGUGAAGUGAUGUUGAUUUUGUCACAUGACACACUUUUAUGUAUUAUAAUAAAUAAACGACCCCUUGUUGGAAAAUAUUAGGAUGUUAGAAGUAACCUUGGAGUUUCAUGACCUGUAUAAUGUUAUAUGGUCAUGGAACUUCUCUGUGACCUAUAAUAUCCUUAUAUUUUACAAUAGAGGGUACUUUAUUUACUAUAUAAGACCCCAAUUUAGAGGUAUCCAUCUUUAAUGAUGAGUAGUUUCAUAGUUCAUUUGAGUUGAAAAGAGUCACUUGUCCAUCAAGGUUAAUUUUUCGAUGUAUCACACGGCAUCACUGUUGCUUUUGCUAAGUUGUACACAGGCAAGUUAUAUUGCAUUUUUUUUUUUACUCAUUUGGCAAAAAGAAUAAUUUUGUGAACCAACUUGAUUUAUUAUUGUAAUUAUACAUGUUUUAUAAGGUGCUCACAUAUUCUGUCUCUACAAAGAUUCUGGUCACUGAUCCCCAACCAAUGGCUUUUGCUGCUCCCUGACCCCUUGGAUGUUGCUCCCAGUGGCCUCAAAGCAGGUUAUUUUUAAAUUUUUUAGGCUUGGAGGCAAGUUUUGGAGGAACAAAGAUCAUGUGUACUGCCAAACACAACCUCCUGUAGGCAGCCAAAUAACUAAUUACAACUCUUAUAGGGCACCCCUAGCAACUUUUUAUUAAUGACUGUGUUGCCCACCAACUUUUUUUUAUACUUAAAUGAGGCUCACCGGUAAAAAUGUUGGGGGCCCAUGUUUAACAUCGUUUCAAUCAUUCCCUGACUAGCGGGACAUACCUACCACAUUCAGAUGUACCAAAGACAAUUUUAUAGGGAGCUAGUUAGCUAUCUGGUUGAAGCACAUGGAGAACAUACAAGGCCUCACAGUUUAACCUUGGGGCUUUAUUAUCUACAAAUAAGGCUAAGGGGUAAGAUUACUGCUUCUUACUAAAACAACAUGUAUUUCCUUUAAAUGUAAUUGUUUAAAUUAUCAAAAUCAUUCAUCCCCACAAGUUAUAUGCAUUAGGAAACAAGGAGUGAGAUGGGUGGUACUGCUGAACUGCACUGAGCACUAACACCCCAUUGAACAGAAUGGUGUUCUACAGCUCAAAUCAACACGUUGCUUGGGUAACUCACCUAACUAAGGCAUGGAGUGAACCACUGAAGUUGAAUAGGGCUGGAACAGAAAUAAUCUGGACAGUGUUUGUAAACUGCCAUAGUGACUUACCUUAAUUGAAACCAGAAUUGUGUUGAUGUUAUUGUUUGUGAAAUAAAUGUUUUUUUAUACAAA